AUGCUCCAGCCCUCACCAUCACAGACUGUGAAUGUACCACCAUCUCCUAUCAUCAUCAACCACACAGAGAUCAAGACUGUGGAAAAGUUUUGCUACCUGGGUAGUACCGUUACAAACAGCGGAUCUCUGGACACAGGUGAUGCAAAGGCAAGUGCGGACUUCGGCCGACUGUCAGAGUUACUGUGGCAAGACCACGGCAGACGUCUUUCCACCAAGAUUGCGGUAUACAGAGUUGUGGUCCUGAGUGCACUUCUCUACCGUAGCGAGACAUGGACCAUGUACCUCUGGCAUAUCCAGCAGCUGGAGCAGUUUCAUCAACGAUGUCUGCGGAAGAUCUGCAACAUCAACCUCCAGGUCCUGUAG